ACUUGUAUAAAAAAUCGAACAGAAGAACACCAAAUCCAAUCCAAUAACAACAUGAUCCAUGUAUUCAACAUUAAUUCCACUGAAAAAUCAAAAAGCAAACCAACCUUCAGUGAAGACGACGCGUGGCGGAAAACCCCUCUUUUUGGACAAAAGUGUGACAGCCCACACUCCGGCGAGACUCCGGCGAACGUCCGGCGGCACUCCGGGACAGGGACGGCACCACCUGGGACGAUGUGAUACCUUCAACGCCUCCCUUGGUCGCAGGGCCGGAACGGACGACACAGGCUGCCGUGUUCGCGUCGAGCGCUCGACGAAGGAGUUGCGGCGCCGUCAAACGGAACGGGCUGUAGGCGUUCGAUCUCUCCGAGACGGCCUUCAACAGUGGACGGCGGCACUCCGGCGCGGACUCGGUCUGUCUCUCUGUCGCUCAUGAUCCCUCCUUUCUCCAACUCUCUCGUGUCUCUGUCUAGGUCACACAAGUCGCGUUUUGGUUGUUCGCGCCCGCUUCUCUGUCUGCGCAUUGAGGAAAUAAAAUUCAAAUUUGAAACGCACAACCCAAACUGCCCGUGCCCGUCCUCGCCACGUCGGCGUGGAAGCAGGUUUCAUCAGACUUUCUCAGAACGCAGCAGCUUUUUCCAGCCAAAAUGUCAACCGCUCAGACACUGACACGUGUCCUGUGUCCAAAUGUUGUCAAAUUUGGUUGUUCGAGUAUCAUUUUCCAUCAACCAUUCCUUCACAUGAACGGUGGCAAGGGAGAAAUGAGUUAUGCAAACAACUCCUCCAUACAAAGACAAAUGAUGCUUAAUGCCAAAUUCAUACUAGAAGAAACAAUAACAAGGCUGUAUCGUGAUUCUUCUCCGAACUGCAUGAAAGUAGCAGACUUAGGUUGUUCAGUUGGACCAAAUACACUUCUUGUAAUAUCAAACAUCAUUAACAUCGUUGAUACAGCAUGCACUCACUUAAACUGUGAUCUACCAACAUUCCAAUUUUAUCUGAAUGAUUUAUAUGGAAAUGAUUUCAAUACCACUAUCAAGUUACUUCCAGAUUUUUAUAUAGAAUAUAAAGGAAAUGGUUCAUGCUUUAUUAAUGUCACACCUGGAUCCUUCUAUGGAAGACUCUUUCCCAGUAAUUCCAUAAACCUUUUUCAUUCCUCCAACGGUCUACACUGGCUUUCUCAGGAUCCAUUAUUGGGGUGUAAGGAUGCAGCAUCCCUUAUCAAGGGUCAUUGUCAUAUAGUUAGCACAAGCCCUCCUGAAGUACACAAAGCCUACCUUAAGCAGUAUCAGCAAGACUUCAAAUUGUUUCUGAAAUCACGUUCUGAGGAACUUGUUCCAGGAGGAGCAAUGGUGUUAAUGCAUCUGGGCUAUCAUGAAACUCCAAGAAGAACAAGUUGGGAAAUAGUUAGUUUGAUACUCAAUGACAUGCUCAUGGAGGGUUUGAUUGAAGAAGCAAAAUUAGAGUCGUUUAAUAUACCAGUGUAUGAACCUACAGUUGAGGAAGUUAAGCAUGUGAUUCAGGAAGAAGAGUCACUGUUUCUUGAAAGAUUAGAAGUUGUAAUCUCGGCUUGGGAUGAAGGCAUGAACAUUGAAGGUGGUGAUGAUGAUUCCUUUCAUGAUUUUGUGAAUGAUGCAUACAUUGUGUCUUGA